GGAUAUAAGAUCCCCUAUGCAGACAGCCGGAUGAUCACUUCGACUUCUGCUGCCUGUUACACACCGCUAUGCAUGAGUGCUGGGCCUGUGCGAGGCGUGAUUGAACGAAUGAGUGGGGGGAAAGGGGAAAUGGCUUGCGACACUCGAGUAAACAUAGGUCAUAUGGAGAAGGCAAGGGAGCAAGGAUAAGCCGCACAAAUACGGGGCUUUGGACCGCAGUACGUGCAGGAAAUAAAAAAACACUCGCCCGGAGUAAAGCAUGGUGUGAAGUGAGAGUGCUGUAGAGAGAGAGCACACAUCCUCAACCUCGGAUUCAAAGGAAGUGGGUUUUUGGGGAUAUCAGCCCGACAAUCUUCCCGAAUAUAAAAUAAAACACUUACCCCCCCUUCCCCGCCUUCUCCAAACCCUCCCCUCCCUCCCCCAUCAGGCACAGCGCAGGUCUCCACCAUGGCCAAACUCAACACCAAAACCUCAUCACUGGACGAGAAAAGCAAGAGUGGAGGAUACUUCGAAGUAGUAGAUCCGGAUGCAGGGUUAAGCGAUGCUGAGAGGGAGGCUAUUGUUCGUUUUACCCCAUUCUAUAUGGGUGACUUGAUGGGGAUGCUGACGCGUGAUGAACCAAAACGGCGGAUAGGAUAAAGCACUCGUGCGGAAGUUGGACAUGAGGCUUAUUCCCUGGCUAUGUCUUCUAUACCUAGCCUCGUUUUUGGACCGUGAGAUACCCCACCAAUACAAUCGUAGUGACUUGGGUCGACUGAGGAAGCUUUUCAGGAACCAAUAUCGGCAAUGCUAAAAUUGAGGGACUUAUCGACGAUCUUGGAAUGACUAACGGCCAGUAUAAUGCUUGUCUUACUAUUUUUUUCGUGUCGUAUGCUGUAUGUGCACCCUGGCUAUGCUGCUGAGAGAGGCGCAGCACAAGGCUAACUAGGGGGAAGCUCUUUGAACCAGUCUCGAAUAUUCUGUUGAAGCGGAUGAGGCCAAGGAUUUAUAUCCCCUUGAUAAUGGUGCUCUGGGGGAUUUGUAUGACGUUCAUGGGGUUUUGUCACAACUUUUCGGGGAUGAUGGCUGCUAGAUGGUUUGUUCCCGGAUGCGAGGGCUCGUAUUCAUUUUUCUCUUAACUACGAAGCAGAGCUCGGGGCUGACAACUUUUUGUGGCAUAGGUUUUUGGGAUUGACUGAGGCUGUGAGUUUUUGUUAUAUCAUACCUGUCCGAUUUCGUGUCACGGAGUGUCACUCAUGCUGCGGCGCUUUGGCUGGAUUAGGGCCUUUUCCCGUGAGUUGUCUUCCGCCAAUUUCAAUAGGCCGACUGUCGCUAAGCAUCCUGUGGCAGGGGAGUCAACUACUAUCUAUCUUGUUGGUAUAAACGCCGGGAGUUUGGUAUCCGCGCCGCAAUCUUUGUACGUGCUCCUAUAAAUUCCCCCAUGCACAUCACCCCGCCACUGAUGAGUGCCAGUUCUCCGCUGCCGCCGUCUCGGGAUCCUUCGGCGGUCUUCUCGCAGCGGCUAUAUCCAAGAUGGACGGUAUAGCUGGUAAGCGCGGUUGGGCCUGGAUCUUUGUAACUUUCCCCUCCGCACCUUGUCCGCCCUCACUAAACCCCCUCGCAGAUCCUCGAAGGCCUCGCAACGGUCAUCAUAGGGGUGAUUUCCUUCUGGGUGGUAGUCGACUUCCCAGACGACGCCAAAUUCCUCUCUCCCGAAGACCGCGCGAGAGUCCUCCGCCGCCUUCGCGACGAUCAACAAUCCUCGGCGGAACACGAAGACUUCAAAAUGCUCUACCUCUGGCAAUCUCUCAAGGACUGGAAAACCUACACCGGUAUGCUGAUAUAUAUGGGCGUGGACGGGGCCCUCUACGCAUUCAGUCUUUUCUUGCCCUCCAUUAUCAAAGAGAUGGGGUACUCCGCCACGCGCGCGCAGUUGCUCAGCGUGCCACCGUAUGCUGCUGCUUGCGUUUUGACAAUUCUGGUUGGUUGGCGGGCUGAUAGUAGUGGUCGUCGUGGGAUGUUCAAUAUCACCACUUCACUGCUGGGCGUUGUGGGGUUUAGUAUUCUCCUGGGGUCGAAUUCCGCUGCGCUGAGCUACGUGGCGGUUUUCUUGAGCGCACUCGGUAUCUACCCUUGCAUUCCGAAUACCAUUACCUGGGUGUCGAAUAAUGUCGAAGGGGUGUAUAAGCGUGGGGUCACACUGGGAUUCGUGAUUGGCUGGGGGAAUUUGAAUGGGGUCAUGAGCAGCAAUGUCUAUAGACAGGUGGACGCACCGCAUUACAGGCUAGGCCACGGGAUCGUGUUGGGGUACCUUGCGAUUGGGCUGCUGGGCGGAAGUGCACUGAACUUGGCUCUACUUAGGAGAGAGAACGAGAAGAGGAGGAAUGGACAGAGGGAUGCUUGGGUCCAAGGGCUCAACGUGAAGGAGGUAGAGUAUCUAGGGGAUCGGAGGCCGGACUUUUUGUAUACAUUGUAGAUUUGAGUAUCAGGGGGAUAUUGUAAACAGAUAUGGAUUAUACUCCG